AUGAAACGUGGAAGGCGAAGAAUUCGAGGCUCUGAAUUGGACAGCGCCACUCUGCAUAUUUGACCAUGUGACAAUCAUGUGAUCUGCUACGCACGUCAAACUUUCAAACCCUUGAAAAUAUCGAGAUAGCAAUUCAAUCUGUGCAGCAGGCGCAUGCGAGAGCUGUACCUAUUGCUUGUACGCUAUGGCAAGGACUUACACGAAUUUGUCUGGCCGGACGUUCAAUCGAUCGCAGACUACUUUGGCAUCGAUAUGGCCCUUGCAGAGCCAAUCGACAACCUUGCGCCUCGUUUCUUCCUCGUCUGGCUGCCCGACGAAUAUGCAGCGCGACAGAUUGGCUCGAGAGCGGCAGCGCUGUCUUGUGUUAUCCGUCUCUGGGCCCAUGGGACGUCGAUAGCCUCGUUGCAAGAUGCGCUCCGGCAAGAUCCAGAGCUAUGGCAGCCAUUUGUAGAGUCAAGCACAUGGCGCAUCACCCUCGACACAGCUUACCAUCAUUUUGACUAUGAUGACAAGCAGCGGAUCCUCAAUUCCUUUGGGUUCCUCGACUUUAGAGCGGACAUCGACUUGAACCAACCAGAUCUCGACAUGUCCGUCUUCCUCCUUGCCUCGCCCGACGAUCACAGCAUCCGACGAGCCUUUGCAGGACAAGUCAUCUGCCAGGGACAGCGACACCUGAUCGCGCAGUACGACGUAAAGCAGCGGCUCUACAUCGGUAACACGACCAUGCAAUCUGAAGUCUCGCUCUACAUGUCCAAUCAGGCCCUCGCAGGCCCUGGCAAGAUACUCUACGAUCCCUUUAUGGGCACUGGGAGCAGCGUCUACACAAGCGCGCAUUACGGCGCCUCGGUACUUGGCAGCGACAUAGAUGGUCGCCACAUGCGUGGCAAGACCAAUGUCGGUAUACGUCAAUGCGCAUUUGAAUACGGCCUCAGCGAUAUCGCUGUACUCGAUCUUGCCGUAUUCGAUAUCAAUUUGCAUCCCUGGCGAACGGGCGAACUCUUUGACGCCAUCAUCACAGAUCCGCCGUAUGGUGUCAGAGCGGGCGCGCGCAAGCUAGGUAGAAAAGGAGAACUCUCGCAAGAACCUCGUCUGAUGCCGAACGGAGUCUACUCGCACCUCCAGGACGAUUACCGUCCGCCAUCCGUAGGUUGGGAGAUGAGCGAGGUACUCCAAGAGCUCCUGAGCGUCUCGCUCUACCUGCUCAAGCCCGGCGGAAGGCUAGUCUAUUUCCUUCCGACGGAGGAUGCAGCCUACAAAGACAGCGAUGUGCCCCAGCUGGCAGGACUCAAGCUGCUCCACAAUAGCUCGCAAAACUUUGGCAAGUGGUCACGCCGGCUCAUCACGAUGGAGAAGACGACGACUGUCACCUCUGGUGCAGCAGCGAGGAAGACUGCCUCGGAUGCUGGCCAUGUGAGGUUCAGAGAGCGCUACUUGACUCCCGCCGUACAUCGUGCAUGAACAACCUUGGCAGAUCACAGAAGCCCAUCUCGGUCUCUAUGCGUCUAUGCUUUCUAAUAUCUUGACGGCAGCGGCUACGACGACCGCGAUCAGGGGCGAAAGCGCAUACUUUGACCGCACAAGCAUCAGUUUUGAGCCGUCCUGUAGCAUGCAGAUCACUCACUGAUAGAGCGAGGAAACCGGCCACAACGCCCGCGUCCUGACCCGUGAUGGUGGCCAGAUUAGCAAGAAGUAAUGCAGAUGGCCCGCAUGGCACG